AUGCGGACUCACUUAGAAACAACAGAAACAAACAUGGCGUCGAACAGACAACCAGUUGCUAAAGGUGGUUUGUGGUCAUCACAGUCAGCUCCAGUCAGCAAGGAGACGCAAAAUCUGUUAAAAGGUAAUUAUAAUUUUAUCAGAGAAUGUCCUAAAAGAUUUUAAAACUUCUGUUGUCAUUUCAUGACCGAGACUCUUCUUUGACAGUUAUGAUGGAAGAAUCGAAGUUGACGAACUUUCAACGGAGACAGUUGCAAGACAACAUGAAAAGUGAGUGUUGUCUCAAGGCAGAUAUAUCAAGAUGUUUUCCUCCUUUAAAUUUUUAUGAGUUUACGUUCUACAAGUCGUAUGUGAUCAAGAUAUCUUAUCCGAUGCUUUCAAGAUUUUCUUUGGCGUUUAAAAAACUCUAAACCCUUUAUCUCUCAAGAUCUGAUUGUUAAUUUUCCCCUCAACCUGCUCAGCAUUUCCCUGUAAAUUAGUUGCAAGAAUUUGGUGUUAGAUCAAGAUAACAACCUCUACCUGAUACCUUUCAAUAUUCCCAUUACCUGUUUGCUGGAUAGUGCAUGAAUAUUGUAGGGUGAAGUUACAUGUGAAUCACUUCUGGGAGUCAAAGGGUUAACAUCUUAAGGUUGUUGUUUGUUAUUUCUGUAUAUGUUUUUUUUUUCAAUGACGGUAUUUUUAAUUUCAAGUUUAAGUUUGUUUGCUCCCAGAUGCAAGUAACAUACAACUUCAUAUUUCAUUGUCAAUAUGUUAAACAGGUGAUGAUUAAUUACAAACUGACCAGCUAGAGGAUUUCAUGUCAAUCCAUCAACCCCCAAGAGUGACCAGGAUCUUAUUUCACCUUACAGUGUCACCACUAAAUCAAAUAUAAAGGUCAUGAGAAUAGAGAAAAUGAUCAAUAACCAAAGAAAUUCUUGAUUUUUAAGGAAAUUCUCUUUUUGUGUACCAUGGGAAAUUUAUAGAUUACAGUAUGGAGAAUAAGCAUACUGAUGUUAGGGUGUAAAGGGCAGAGAUUCCAACCCCAUGUGAUGAAAAAUAGGGAGUAAUUAUUAGUGCCAAAGGCGCAAGCUUCUAGGGGGGUCAGGGGGCAUGCCCCCGGGAAAUUUUGCAAAUUUAGGUUCUCUCAAGUGCCAUUUCCUGAAUUUUGACAUCAUUCCGGCCUGAGUUAUAACAUACCAUAAUGCUCUUUGCGAAGAAAGUAAGUAUAAUAUGAGUGUUUCACAGUGACAGAUCGCCAAAAAUUCUAAAGAUUAGCAAUUUUCCCCUAGUUUUCAGAAUUUUAUGAUAAAUCGGGAGAAUUUGGUAAAAAUCGGGAGAGCGGGAGGCAAGACAUCAAAUCGGGAGACUCCCGAUCAAAUCGGGAGGGUUGGAAUCUCUGAAAGGGUUAAGGUACCACACAGUCAACUACACAUCCUAUAACAAUGACUGAAUUCUCCUAACUUGGUUAGAAAUAAAUGUAUAGUUACUAACAGGGAGAGUUUCAAUUCAGAUCAUGAUAGUCAGACAGUUCAUUUCGUCAAUGGAAUGGAAAAGGUUUUUUCAAAUUUUUAAGAACUUAUCACUGUAUUUGUGUAAUUUUCUAGAGGGUCAAUCUCUACCUGUUGCCUGUAACCCCACAACAAGUAGAAAUGAUAGCAGAGUACAACUAACAAGUGCAUCCAAAAAACCAUUACCUAAAGUGAUGAAUGCAAGACACCUUUCAGGAGGAAAGAAGACAAAGGAGACAAUUGAUAUACAAAAGAGUGUGGAACCACAGCAGAUUUAUCGACCAGCUCCGGGAAGUAUGUUCAACUUGCUCUUUGUUCUUGGCAGUCUUUUCCUAGACUUGUUAACCUUGCUAUUCUUCUAAGUAGGCUGUCUAGAUUUCUUGUCCGAAGUAAAGCUACUAGUAACGAAUGGAUAAGAUUAGGUUAAAUGAAGCAUCAUUCCCCCUCUUACUUGCUGGCUUGUUGUAAAAGCCUUGGCCAUCUAUAAGAAAACAAACAAGGAGCUUCUCUGUGGGCUUGUUUCCUAAUCAGAAACUAAUUUUCUUCAGUUCGUUUGAGGAUAAAUUUUCAGCUGACAUCAGUCAGAAAAUAAAGGUUAGGGUCAAGCAGGAGGAAAUUGUCCUAAUCAGGCAAGUUCCCUUAACCCUUUAACUCCCAGAAGUGAUUAACAUAAAACUUCUCCCUACAAUAUCCAUACAUUCUUCAGCCAACAGGUUAUGAGAAUAUUCAAACUUGUCAGGUAGAAGCUGCUAUCUUGAUCUAGCACCAAGUUCUCACAACUAAUUUACAAGGAAAUGUGUAGCAGCCACAGGGGAGAAUUAACAAUCAGAUCUUAGUAGUUAAAGGGUUAAGUCUUAUGUGAAAGUGGCUGACCCAAGUCGAUCUUGAAAUUCAGUGGAAGACUCAACCUCUUAUUCUGGGUCCAAUUAAAAAAUGAUAAUUUGUUUCUUUCUAGAGUUGAUUUCAGAGAAAGAUAAAAGAAGACUUCAGAAUGUGAUGGCAUAUGGCGAGCAUGGGAAGGACAUAGAAGAUGUUCCAACACAGAGAAGACCACCACCCAAAGAAAUGGCACCAGAAAAAGAAGUUGAUAGAUUUGAUGAGAGUAAGCACACCCUAAAUGUUGACAGAUGUUGAUUAAAAUAGAAAACAAACAAACAACAAAACAAAUGAAUAACAGCAUUCUUGGACUCCUGUUGGCUGUCUACUCUCAUAUUCAGAGCAAUCUAGAGGGUUAACAUGAUAAUAAUUGUUUUAAAAAGAUUGUUUCUGUAUAUAUCUUCACAUCUGAGUUUAUUUCAUGCAAAUUGUAGUUGACCACAAUCACCAAAAUUUUUUUCUCCAAAAUCUCAUCCUCUGAUUCAUUGGGUGUUUGUGGCAUAGUUCAUAACCAUUCAUUUAGUAAUGUGUUGGUUUUUCCUGGUACAGUUCUUCAGGAAAUAGAAGAUCGUAAAAGUUUCCUAGAUGAGAUGGAGGCUCUUGGAGAAGGAAAGAAAUAUAGAACCAUAAUAAUGACAGAGAUAUCACAGGUAAAUUAGUGGAUGAAUGGAAUUAAUCAAACACUUGUGGCAGGUUUAAUAGAGUGGUUUAGUCAAAAUUAGCAUUUCCAGCAUUUCAAAUCUCUUCUGGCAGUGUCAUAAUGUAUUUGUGUUUUUUUAAUCUUAUACUUACAGAAAAUAAGGGAGCUUGAACUUAUAGACAAGGAAAGAAGCAAAGAGCUCAAUCUGGCUGAGUAGCAAGAGCCCAAGUGAAGAGUGGAGACAUUUUUAUAUUUAAAAAUAAAUUAUUUCUCAUCACUUAGGUACUAGAGUAAAUUCAGCUUCAGCUUCUAGAAACUCCUCUUACCUGAUAUUUAGAGUGGAUUCAUGCAAAACUGCUAUGUUCCCAUUAGUGCAUUGAAAAAUUUUAUCAAGCCAGUAUCUGUGAGUGUGGCCCAAAUUGUGGGUAUUAUUUGUGGCCCUGAUCUCUUCUUACAGGCUCAAAACAUAUUUUUCCUGUCCGACAACUGAACAAAGAAACACACUUGUGUAUGAAGUUGAAGGGCAUUUUUGCAGAGUGCGUUCUUUUUCUGAAUGGAAAACAAUAAUGGUGUGAUACCCUAAACAAGAGCAGAGAAUGUACCACCAACUUGUAAAAAUAUUUUUUAUUGAAAGUUUUAUUUGAUCUGUAUAUUGUCAACCUCUUAGUGUAAGAUAUAGAUAUUUAUGUAUAUCAUACACAUUUUUUUAGUGUUAUACCUAACCUAAACUAACAUUAGUUUUCAAAAAAAUAGUUCUUCAUGUAUCACCCUUCAACCUCAAGUUCACAACACUUCUGUUACUUUUGAACACACAUGCAAUUUGGAGGUGUGUCAAAAAUCACUGCCUGCUGUCCAAACAUUUAAAUGCCAGAUAAAGUCCAAAAAUUUAAUCCUGUCUUGCUCUAACUAAGGCUUGUAAAACCAACCCUUUCAAAGACUAUGGCCCUUUAGCAGCUAUGUACCAGACACCAUAGGGGCCUAGUGCUCAAUUUGAUAAAUUAAGUAAUUUAUAUUAAUUAAAAUGGGACAUUCUUGAAAGCAUCAAGGCAAAGAAAAAGAAUCUAAAUAAUUUUUUAAUGCAUAUUGUAACCAUCUCAUAAUCAUCCUAAGCACAGAAAUAUCAAGCAAAGCUCAGCAAUGCUGGUUAAACCAGUAAUCUACUCAUGUCAAGAUUAAAUGUUCUGACCUUUCCACAAAGGUAAUGCGAAACUUUGUAGGAUGUACAUGUAAAUGAAGUCUGGCUCAAGCUAUGGUUUAAACAACUUAUGGACCAGCAAAUUUCUUUAAAAGUGGUUUGUUUGAAGUGAAAAAUUAGAUUAUUUUAUGAAGUGUUAGAUGCCAGCCUUCUCUGAAAUGUUCACACUAAUCAAUAUUCAGAUAAAACACUUAAUUUGGCCAAAUAGGAGAUAGCCUGUGAGCAGGCCGUUUCAGUACAAGUUCACAAGGAAAGUAUGAGGCCUUCAGCAACUGGAGCUGGUAAGAGGUCUUCAAGGGAUUGAGUACUGAGAAUGAGUCAAACCUCUCCCUGACUUGUCUCAAAUCUUGUGGGGAGAGAAAUGUGCAUCUUGCAGCAUUUAUAAUGAGGGCCUACUUAAAGGCUAAAUAGACCAUCAUUAAGCGUUUCCACC